CCUGCUCUUUGCUGUUCUCUUGGUGCUGUUUGCUUUGGGCUGGGAAGUUAAUUGCAAGGAUAAAGGUCACCAGCGCCUCGAGGUGUUUGCUUUCGUGGCACACGGAAGUCCCAGCUGCUGGGCCCUGGGGAGUCCAGGUGGAAGUGGGUCUCUCUAACCACCUCCUUCCCGGAGACCACAGAGGGGUACAAAUGGAGACUGUUGUGAUCGUGGCCAUUGGGGUGCUGGCAACCAUCUUUCUGGCAUCAUUUGUGGCCCUGGUGGUCGUGUGCAGGCAACGGUACUGCCGUCCCAAGGACUUCUUGAGCCAUUAUGAUACCAAGCCCAUCGUUGACCUCAUUGGCACCAUGGAGACUCAGUCGGAACCUUCAGAGCUUGAGCUGGACAACGUGGUAAUAACCAACCCGCACAUUGAAGCCAUCCUGGAGAAUGAAGACUGGAUUGAAGACGCCUCGGGCCUGGUUUCCCACUGCAUUGCCAUUCUGAAGAUCUGCCACACCCUCACAGAGAAGCUGGUCGCCAUGACGAUGGGCUCAGGGGCCCAAAUGAAGUCUCCAGCCAGCCUGAGUGACGUAAUUGUGGUAGCCAAGCGGAUCAGCCCCAGGGUAGACGAUGUUGUCCGAUCCAUGUACCCACCGCUGGACCCCAAGCUUUUGGAUGCCAGGACGACGGCACUGCUGCUCUCCGUCAGCCAUCUGGUCUUGAUUACCCGCAAUGCCUGCCACUCGCCCAGCGGCAUGGACUGGAUCGACCAGUCACUAUCCGCAGCUGAAGAGCACAUGGGUGUGCUGCGUGAGGCUGCCCUGGCCUCUGAACCAGAGCGCAUCGCCCCUGGCACCGCUGAGGGCUUUCUCCAAGAGCAGUCUGCAAUUUAAGGAGCCCAGCAGAGGCUCUGAGGCCCUCUCCUCUCCAUCUCCUCUUCCUUCACAUCACUGUCAGGAGUAAGGCUCAUGGCCAGCCUGUGUAGAAUAGCUUUGGUUACUAGGGGCACAUCCCAGAGCUGUGGAACAGAAUCUCUGCUUGGCUGCUUCUUCAUUCAAACUCUCCUGUAUGUGGAAAAGUAGCAGCCCCUCAGGGAUUGGUUAUUUGCCAUUAGAGGAGGAAUUUAGCUGUGCUAAUAAUGCUAGAAAUAAAGCCAGGGGGUGGCAGGCGAAUGCUGAGAAUCUUAAA